GUUAGAUAAAAUGUUAAGACACUCCCAAACUUGUUUCUCCCUUCCCGCUUCUUUUUCCUCAUGUUCCUUUUUUUCACAAAAACCCUAGGUUUAUUUUAUCAAGUUACACCAUAGUUGAAAGCUCAGGACAAUGAUUUUACGAACAGAAGGUGGUACAGCUCCUCUCUAUGAUUCUAUACAUGAUGCCUCAAAAAUCAGCAUCAAAGUAACCCACGGUGGUGUUAUGAAGCAUCAGCCUAGAAGACAUUAUUCUGGGGGUCAUGUCCAAUUCAUUGACCAUGUUCAUGUUUCAGAAAUAAAGCUAUCACAAUUCAAGAUUAUGGCUGAGAUAUGUGGAUAUGGUAAUGAUUUAGUCGCAUUUUGGCACAAGUAUGGUAGGCUCGGUGAAAAGAUGAGGCUUGUUUCAACUGAUCUAGAGGUUAAUUUAGUAUCCAAGAACAUCCCUGAAGAUAGAGUAAUUGAGGUUUGCUUUGAACAUUUAGACUCUUAUAUUGGAAUGGAUGUCGGGAAAUACUUCAAUGCAGGACAAAAUAGCAAUGGUUCAAGUGAACAUCAACAAUCUGCUAUAGGUACUACUAAAGAGGGAAGGGCUGAUUGUUCUUCAAGUAGUGACGAUUUUGAAGACUCGAAUAAUGAUUUUUCAGAUGAACAUGAUAUCUUAGGAAGGAGUGAAAAUGGGGAGCAUAGAUAUGAAGUUAGUGACGAAGUGCGAAAAAAGAUGGCUCGUGAAGAUGGAGAUUCUGAUUGUGUUAACUCUGAAGGGUUCAAGAGCCUAGAAAGCGAUUCUAAUUCCGACAGUAUGAACUUUCCAAAGUUCAAUCCAAAGACGGAUGGGUUGUAUCCAGUCUUGGCACUUGAAUUGAUAUUCAAAAGCAAAAAGGAGUUCAAGGAAGCUGUGACAACUCAUGAAGUCAAUCGAGGGAGGUAUAUACAAUGGCGCAAGAAUGAUAAAGAAAGGAUGCGAGCAGUUUGUGUGAAACAUCCAGAUUGUGACCGGGAGAUUAUGGCUUCUAAAAUGUACAGAGAUAGUACUUUUCAAGUAAAGACAUAUAAUCCCAACCACAAGUGCAAAAAUUGGAAUCAUAAAAAUAAAACCAUUACAUCUUUGUUUAUAGCUAAAAGAUAUCUUGAUGAAAUAAAAGCAAACAGGAAUUGGAAGAUCUCUGAAUUUAGAGAUCAUGUUAGUGUUCAGUUACGAGCACAUGUGACAUUAUCAAAAUGUAGAAGGGCAAAGAAAGAGGCAAUUGCAAUGAUCGGUGGAGAUAUCUCUGAUCAAUUUAAGUUGUUGUGGAACUAUUGCAAUGAAAUAGUAAGGACAAAUCCAAAUACUUCCGUUUAUAUGAAGUUGGUUGAAAAUGAGGAUCCCGGCAAGCCUAAAAGAUUUCAGAGAUUCUACAUUUGUUUUAGUGCUUGCAAGGAAGGGUUCAAGAGUGGUUGCAGAAGGAUAGUCGGAGUAGAUGGUUGUUGGCUGAAGGGCCCAAUGCAUGGGACUCAAUUGUUAACUGCCAUUGGGCUUGAUCCGAAUAAUAAUAUCUAUCCGAUAGCGUAUGCAAUUGUGGAGAAAGAAAAUCGCGACUCAUGGGGCUGGUUUCUGGAUCAUCUUAAGCUUGACUUGGAGAUAGAUGAUGGAGCUAAUUGGACCUUCAUGUCAGACAAGCAAAAAGGUUUGAUAGAAGCAUUUAAUGAUGUAUUGCCAUUUGUCGCUCAUCGAUUUUGUGUGAGACACUUGCAUAGUAAUUUUAAGAAAGCAGGAUUUAGUGGUAACACAUUGAGAGAUGCACUUUGGAAAGCUGCUAGUGCAACAACAGUGAAGUGGUUUGAUGAACGCAUGGUUGAAAUAUUUAAUUUAUAGCAAAUUUCACUUAAUUCAUUAUGUUAAAAUUGUGUAAGGAUUUUCACUUAAUUCAUUAUAUUUCACAGGUUAGAAGAGGUCCAGUUUGUGCAGUUUUUUGUGGCGAUUGCACAAUAUAGUUGCUGUUUUUUGCAGUUUGGUUGCUGAAAUAUUUUGGGCAGUUUGUGCAGUUUUUUGUGGCGGUUGCGCAAUAUAGUUGCUGUUUUUUGCAGUUUGGUUGCUGGUUUCAGCGGUUUGAUGCCCAUUUUGGUGUUUUAGUGCUGCAACUUGGGGAAGUUUGGUGCGGCUGCUGUUUUUUGCAGUUUUAAGCUACGUUCUGCACAAAAACUGCUGGAAACAGGGCAUUCUAGUUCAAUUUAGUUGCUGGUUUUUGAAUAUUUCUCCAUUUUUAUGCAGUUUCAUUAAUGUAAUGACUAUUCAUUAACGUGGAAAUAGAACUACAUUUUUUGCUCAUAA